GUCGUUUUUCUGAACGAAUCCAAUAAUCGUUUAUGCUUCACCUCACUUAUCUGUGGGCUGCUGUAACGUGUUUGUAAUGGCGGAUUGUGAUUGUUUGUAGAAUUUAACGUUUUAUAUUGAAGAAUAGUUGCUUACUUAUUUGUCCUUGCGAUUUAUUUACUACAAUGUCUGAUACUAGUGAUCUCGACCGCCAAAUCGAGCAGCUUAAGCGCUGUGAGAUAAUUAUGGAAGCCGAGGUUAAAGCCCUUUGCGCAAAGGCGCGCGAAAUCCUAGUAGAAGAAAGCAACGUUCAGCGAGUGGAUUCCCCUGUUACGGUGUGUGGAGAUAUUCAUGGUCAGUUUUAUGACCUGAAAGAAUUAUUUAAAGUAGGAGGAGAUGUUCCAGAGACCAAUUAUCUUUUUAUGGGGGACUUUGUGGACAGAGGGUUUUACUCUGUUGAAACUUUCUUACUAUUACUAGCACUGAAGGUGAGAUAUCCAGACCGCAUCACACUUAUAAGAGGGAACCACGAGUCCAGACAGAUCACACAGGUGUAUGGGUUCUAUGAUGAGUGUUUGCGGAAAUAUGGAUCUAUUACAGUUUGGAGGUACUGCACAGAGAUAUUUGACUACCUAUCCCUCUCGGCCAUCAUCGACGGCCGGAUAUUCUGCGUGCACGGCGGCCUCAGCCCGUCCAUACAGACGCUGGAUCAGAUCCGCACCAUCGACCGCAAGCAGGAAGUGCCCCACGACGGACCCAUGUGCGACCUGCUGUGGAGCGACCCUGAAGACACACAAGGCUGGGGCGUGUCACCUCGCGGCGCAGGCUACCUGUUCGGGUCGGACGUGGUGGCGCAGUUCAACGUGUCCAACGACAUCGACAUGAUCUGCCGCGCGCACCAGCUCGUCAUGGAGGGCUACAAGUGGCACUUCAACGAGACCGUGCUCACUGUGUGGUCGGCACCCAACUACUGUUACCGGUGCGGAAACGUAGCUGCUAUAUUAGAAUUGAACGAAAACCUUCAGAGAGAGUUCACAAUAUUCGAGGCGGCGCCGCAGGAAUCCCGAGGCGUACCGUCGAAGAAGCCCCAGGCCGACUACUUCUUAUAAUGUUGCUUACGAUAGACAAUGAAACAUCUCAGUCUAGUAUUACGGUUUUAUUGUAGUGACAAACAUUUAAUGUGGACAUAAUUUUAUAGUGAUUUUAAGACUGGUAAGUGUAACGAGUCAGAAAACCAAGUAACAGGACACUAGUUGAGUACGGCAGACCAGUUCUUAGUGUCGUUUAUCCAUUAUCCCAUUCAAAAUGUACAAUUGAUCUUGCUGUUGAAAUGAAUGUUUAACUAAAGUUAUGAUGGAUAAAGUCAAGACUAGGCAUAUGAAAUGUUAAACCUUAUGCAGGAGAGUGAGAUAUUAGGAUAGUAUUGUUCCUGAUGACACAAAGAUUGGUCAACAGUUAUGAUAGCAUACUUUAAUAUUUUUUUGCGUGAGUGCUUAACUGGUGUACUUGCUUCCCAUGAAGCCUAAUGAAUAAAAUACCAAUGUGAUAAAAUUUUUGACACCAACAUGUUAAAAUUUAAACUGGUAUGUGAAAUGAGACCAUCAUUUUGCGUAUUCCCAAUGUACAAAGUAUCAAUUGAUCCAAUGCAGAAUGUAACAUUGUGUUAAGUUUAAUGGUAUUAUUUUUGAAUAUCUUCACACCUCGGACUUACUUUUAAGAUAGGAGGUGUAUCGCGCAUUUGUGAUGAGAAAAGAGUAAAUUAAGAAUUUCAUUGAUGUAAUUUAAGUGGUUAUUACUUAUUAAGUAGGUUCUAACAGUCAUACGUUUUCACUUGAGCACUGCCGUAUUUUUAACGUAGAUUUGAAAUAUUGUAUACAAUAGUAAUAGCAAUUGGUAUUGUUGUAUUAUGAUGUUUAACUUUAUAAAUAUGAUAGUGAUCUCACAAUAAUUCCGAUUAUCACUCAUUGUCUAGUACCAAUCUCUUCUAAAUCCUUCCUUUCUUUAUUAUGGAUCCUAAAGAUGAAAAUCACAGGCCUAGUAGGAUAUGAUUUAAGUAUUCUCUUAUUUAUUCCUGCUCAAUGUUUAAGUUAUGAAUGAAAGUUAGCAUCAUGAACUGUUAAUUGAACUGAUUCAGUUAUCAACAGACAACAUGUAUUUGAUGCUGAUUGUAGUAUUGACUGAAUUUAUUAGUUCCCAGGACUACCCAUUUGUGUAAAUCAGUUCUGUAUUCUUACCUCUUAUUUUUAUCAAUAUUAAAAUGAAAUGCCAAUAA